CAAAUGACAACGACCUGGCGUGUUGCUACAACAACAGAAAAAGCGGUGAUCUCAAGGGAUAACUAACAGUUGACGACGGUCUGCAACGUAUUUUGCCGGUGAUAUUCGGAAUAAUUAUGACUGACCAAGACAGGUUUUGUUUCCUGGUUGAGUGGAACGAGGAGCAGGCGGCUCGCAUCAGACAGUUCAUUUUCACAUACUAUGUCAGCACAAAGGGAAUUGAAAUGUAUUGCAUCAAGACGCGAAAGACUUACCUCAAAACCAGUCUGAGGGAUAGUCCUAUUGAGCUGAGUGACCUGUACAUCGGCAGUACACUCAACAUUCUGGGGCGACAGAUUGUUAUCAAGGACUACUCCGACGUCUACACCAGGAACAGGCUCUCCAACAAGAAGGAGAAGUAUGAGCACAAAGGGAAACCAUUCUUAGAUGCACUGCUGAACUAUGUAACAAGUGGUCCUGUCAUCGCUCUGGAGCUGGUUGGCGAGGAUGCUAUACAGAAAUGGAGAGAUGCAAUCGGACCCACAGACCCCACUGUGGCAAGAUGCGAGGCUCCCAACAGCAUCAGGGCUCAGUUUGGCACAGGUAGGGGAACAGAUAACAGCAUCAGGGCUCAGUAUGGUACAGGUAGGGGAACAGACAACAGCAUCAGGGCUCAGUAUGGCACAGGUAGGGAAGAACAGACAACAGUAGGGAACAGACAUUACAUGUUGUUGAGUAUCAGGGCUCAGUAUGGUAUCAUCACUGCAGAGCUGGAGUUCUUCUUCCCAUCAUCAGGCCCCAGUCGAGGCAGCCGUCUUCCAGGACUGUACCUGCUGUGUCAUCAAAGCAGUUCCGAUGAAGCCAUCCCUGGCAUCCCAUUCCAAGACAGAACGAUUUACUCAUACACUUUAUCUGUACAUACAGGUAUUGCUGGGAAGGUGAUCAGUGGCAUCACCGAUGCAGGGUUUGAAGUCACGGCCAUCGAGAUGUUCCACAUGCAGAAGGCUAAUGCGGAGGAGUUCUAUGAGGUGUACAAAGGCGUUGUCCAGGAAUACAAUGGUAUGGUGGCCGAGCUAACGUCAGGGCCCUGCAUCGCACUUGAAGUUCGUGCUCCAGGAUGCACUAAAACGUUCCGAGAGAUGGCUGGACCCGCAGAUCCUGAGAUUGCACGUCACCUGCGACCACGGACACUGCGGGCUCUGUUUGGGACGGACAAAGUAUGCAACGCUGUCCACUGUACGGACUUGCCUGAAGAUGGCCUCCUUGAGGUGGAAUAUUUCUUCAAGAUACUUUGCCGUUAAUCAUCCCAUAUGACGCCAAAAAUCAUCCCCAAAAGACCUUGUGAUAUAUUCAAUUUGUUACCCAACGUGUAAAUUCAUGGAUUGUUAACAUUAUUCUGAAACUUGUAAUACGAACAUUCAUUUCCUGAAGGUGGUUGUUCAUUUUCAUGUCAACUGUUUGGAAGUGAACGUACCUAAAUGUAUUUGACAUGUUGGAAAACAUGUAGUGAACGUAGGGAUAUCCCCUCGCGAUCUAGCAGCUUGGCGCUUUCAUACAUGCAAGAGAUCUGCAUAACACUGGUUUUAUUUAUUGUACAUGAAUCUGCAGAUGUUUUACAAAGCUGGUGUAUUUUAAUUCCAACAUAAAGUACAUGUAUGUUUUUAUAUGAAGACAAUACAGACAUGGUAGAAAA